AGACACAAAGUUCACGUGAUCUACCACCAGACAUCAGGACACACCCAAAUCUCGUGCCCUUGAUCUACCCAAGUCCACGCUCUCAGCACGUGCGACAUGUGCCACAACUCACGCUCACCUCACACACAUAGUGCACCCCCACACGCCACGUUCGUGCCAGCAAAUUCCCCCAAACACGCUCGCACCUCGCACGCGUGGCAAUCCCCCGAGCGUGAGCGCCCCCUCCUCGCAUGCUCGCACGCUUCUCCUUCCCCAUCCCUCUCCCGCCCGACCCGAGCCGCCCGUCUCCGACCCCCUCCCUCCGUCUUCCCCUUCGGAGCCCCGCCCUACUCCUCGUGAGACGACGCCGUACUAUUUAUUUCGGGCCGCCGGAAAAUUCGGGCACGGAUUCCGGUGAAGCAGCUAGGGCUUCUAAAAAGGGGGAAGAGAAGAUGGAUCGGGUAGAAAAUGGGACUGGGAGCUCUGAGUGAGGGCGAUGAGGUGGAAUUCGAGGAGAAACUGGAGAAUUCCGGCCAAGGUGGAGUCAAAUGCUAGAAUUCGGCCGUCCCAGCUGGUUUUAGAAGAAAAUUGAGCAGGACCGUAUCUGCGUUGUUGAGAAAAAUCUACUCCUUCAAGUGGUUAUGUGGGAAAUUAAGCAGUGAUGGUUUCUACAUUCAUGAUAGAAGGAUCAAGUAGCUAAGAUAAUCAGGAGGUUUAAAGCGUAGGAUAAACGAAUAAGGAGAUUAUGGAAACGGGUCUUCAGAAGUUAAUCACAAGUGACGAAGAUGUUGAUGAAGUCGGUUGGUGUUGAUGGUGUUAUGGUUGAUUGCUGGUGGGGAAUUGUAGAGGCACACAGUCCGCAGGGAUAUAAUUGGAGUGGCUACAAGAAACUAUUCCAAAUUGUGCGCAAUCUUAACCUUAAGUUACAGGUCGUGAUGUCAUUCCACGAGUGUGGAGGCAAUGUCGGGGAUGAUGUACAUAUCCCACUUCCUCACUGGGUGACAGAAAUUGGCCAAAAGAAUCCUGAUAUAUAUUUUACUAAUAAAGAAGGGAAACGCAACACUGAAUGCCUCACACGGGGAAUUGAUAAAGAGCGUGUUUUAAGAGGCCGCACUGCUGUUGAGGUUUACUUUGACUACAUGAGGAGUUUCAGAGUUGAAUUUUAUGAAUUUUUUGAGGAAGGAAUAAUAUCAGAAAUUGAAGUUGGAUUAGGUCCGUGUGGAGAGCUACGGUAUCCUUCUUAUCCUGAACAGCAUGGUUGGAAAUAUCCUGGUAUUGGUGAAUUCCAGUGUUAUGAUCGAUACUUGAUGAAGAAUCUGACGCAGGCUGCAGAAGCAAGGGGCCACUCCUUCUGGGCCAGAGUACCAGAUAAUGCAGGCUCUUAUAAUUCCCAACCACAUGAGACAGGGUUUUUCCGUGACGGAGGUGAUUAUGAUAGCUACUAUGGCAGAUUCUUUCUUAAUUGGUACUCCCGUGUUUUGAUUGAUCAUGGUGACCGUGUACUUGCUCUGGCCAAUUUAGCUUUUGAAGGCACACGCAUUGCUACAAAGGUAUCAGGUAUCCACUGGUGGUACAAGACUGCCAGCCAUCCUGCUGAAUUAACCGCUGGAUUUUACAACUCCUGCAAUUGUGAUGGGUAUGCGCCAAUUUCUGCAAUGUUAAAAAAGCAUGAGGCUGCUCUGAAUUUCACAUGUGUUGAAAUGCGCACAUUAGACCAACAUGAGGGCUUUCCGGAAGCACUGGCAGACCCCGAGGGAUUAGUUUGGCAGGUGCUGAAUGCUGCAUGGGAUGCUAACAUUCCAGUUGCUAGUGAGAAUACUCUUACUUGCUUUGACAGAGAAGGCUACAACAAGAUAUUAGAAAAUGCUAAGCCCUGGAACGAUCCAGAUGGCAGGCAUUUAUCGGCAUUUACCUAUCUCAGAUUAAGCCCAGUUCUCAUUGAGAAGCAUAACUUAACGGAGUUCGAACGAUUUGUCAAGAGAAUGCAUGGAGAAGCCGCUCCUGAUGUUUAAUAAAAACUUCGACAGGCUUGGUGUAUCAACUGAUAAAACUAUGGUUACAAACUUGUAACCGACGAUGGUAAUUUAUAAGAUAUUUCCAUUCCAAAUCUCACAAAUGCAUACUCAUGACAUGAGCCUUGUUUUUAGCUACAAGUUACUAAAAGUGACGAGAAAGGAUACAAACAACACCCCACUUGUAAGUGAUUCCAGAUCAGCUCAACAACGAUGGUUGUUUGUGUGGUUGCAAAUGUUGAUGGAGGCUAAAUUGCACAAAUCAUUAGUGCGCGAUAUGGGUUAUAUGUCAAUGUUACUCGUGUGCACGGGUGACACUGACAUAUGACCCGCACCAUAUGAAUGAUUCGUGUAAUUUGACUAAUUUUCAAUUAGAGAUGGGGACGAUUGAUUGCACCGCAUGAAUGAUUCGUGCAAUUUGACUAAUUUUCAAUUAGAGAUGGGGACAAUUGA